AUCGAGGUUCCUCUUUCAGUGACGUAUCUCCUGACCGAAACUUUUUAAACCAUCUUCGUACUGUUCGGUCUGUUACUGUGUCAACGCCGUACACAUUGCAAAUUUUAAUUGCUGUCUGUACAGAACUAUUGCCUAACUUAAACUCCCAUAACAUAAUAUGUCGAAUAUGCUCCCUUAUGUUUUCCAUAUCGAAUAAUACUAAUAAAACACUCUUCAGGUACGAUUUUCACGCUACGAUACAAUUAAGACUACUUAACAAAACAACUGAGAGUUGAAAACAAACAGAAACUACACACUACCCACUAUGGACAUUACUUAUGACCCAAACAUGUCAUUCAGCUCCAUGCGGAUGUGGGUAACAUGGCGACGAGCUCUCAACGUGUAUCACCCUGUAUGAAGAAGCGACGCGUAACGAGAAAAUGUUACAAUACUAAUCUGUAACUGUUUCCUACUACGUGCAGACUGUAGCUUUGUACAUCGUGGUAUACGUAUAAACAGAACAUUUAAAUACAAGAAUACAUACAUGAUUAUUGAAAAAUGUCAAACAUAUCGAUUCAUAAAAUAAAGAGAGUAUCACAAGUAUUUCAACCACUGAAUGCAAUUCUGCUUCCUUCGCAGCAAUCAAAAGUUACUUUGGAACGUUACGACAGAUUAAUUAGACAUGGAUUUAUUAAGCAUGUUAGCAAUGGCAUGUAUGCAUACCUGCCCUUGGGAUUGCGUGUAUUAGAUAAAUUAACAAAUCUUGUUGAUAAUGAAAUGGAAAAUAUAGGAGCUCAGAAGUUACUGCUACCGGCAUUGACGGCUACAAAAUUAUGGAAACAAACGAAAAGAUUCGACAGUAAUAAAACAGAAUUAUUUGAAGUUCAUGAUAGACACGAUAAGCACUAUAUACUUAAUCCAACAUGUGAAGAAUCAAUCUGUGAUUUAAUUUCAUCUGUAGGACAUUUGUCUCCAAAAGUUUUACCUUUAAGAUUGUAUCAAAUAUCUAAUAAAUGGAGAGAUGAAAUGAAACCACGACAUGGACUUUUUAGAAGUAAAGAAUUUGUUAUGAAAGAUUUGUAUACAUUUGAUACAACAUUAGAUAAUGCUGAUAAAACAUAUGAAACAAUAUGUGAAGCCUAUAAUAAUAUAUUUAAAUUAAUAGGAAUUACAUUUAUUAAAGCUACUGGUGAUACAGGAACUAUUGGAGGUUUGAAAUCUCACGAAUAUCAUUAUAAAUGUAAAAUUGGUGAUGAUAUUCUUUGUUUGUGUCCAGCUUGUCAGCAAGCUAUCAACAAAACUAUAUGUAAAGAAUCACGUUGUGAUCAGUGUAAUAAUUCAUUUCUGGAAGAAACUACUAUUGAGGUAGGACAUGCAUUUUUAUUAGACACACUGUACACAGAGCCUCUAAAAGCAAAGUAUCAUGCAGAACAGAAGUUUGUACCCUUAGUAAUGGGAUGCUAUGGACUUGGCCUGAGUCGUAUACUUACUAUUAUGGCUGAAACAUUAUCUACAAAUAAUGAACUUAGGUGGCCAAAAAAUUUAGCACCUUAUACUGUGUGUGUAAUACCACCAAAGGAUGGUAGCAAAGAAGAAAGUGCAACUCAAUAUGUUGACAAAAUAUUCGAGAUUUUACACCAGUUAAAUAUUGAUGCUAUACUUGAUGAUAGAACAAAUUUAACUAUUGGUUCUCGUUUUAAACUUUCAAACUGUACUGGAUAUCCAUAUAUUAUAGUAAUUGGUAAAACUGCUAUGAAUUCACCACCCACAUUUGAGAUUCAUAACAUAAAUGAUUCAACUUGUUCCGAUUUAAGUUUAGAAAGUAUAUACAGUUACUUUGAUGCAAAGAAUAUUAAAUGUUAAUAUAUUUAAAAUUUCUCGUAUAAAUAAACGAAAAGUACAUUAAUAGAUUAGUACAUUAUUUAAUAACAUAAAUGAACAUUUAGAUAAUGUUAACAAAAAUUAAAGACUUGUAUAUACAUUUUAAGUACAAAUAAGAUUUGAUGUAACAAUUUAAUGUUCCAAUUUAACUUUGAUUUUGUGAUACGCAUUACAAAGGAAGCCUCGCAGGUUCCAAAUAUGUUUAAAGCUUUCUGGUUGUACGUUAUAGGAUGCAUCCACAGCUUUUGCCCAUAUCUCUGACUCUUUCCAGGAAGACUGUACAGGAAGAUCUAUACUCCAUAAUGUCCAACUCCAAUAACGACCCUCCUUGGCAUUGAUAUCUUCAGCAUGUAAAUUAGCUGUAUGCCAAGUUUCACCUUGAUCAUUUGUAACAUCAACUCUAAUAAUUUUUCUACCACCUCCUGACCAUGCAUAUCCUGGCAAUUUUAUUUAAUUACAACAUUAAAGAAGGUUUAACAUCA